AUGGCUUCCCACGCCCCAUUGACUCCACCACAGGAGCAUGAACUAUGCUCCCAUGAACUCACCAGCGAAGAGAAUAGCCUCACUCCUACGCCGUCGUCGUAUAAGCAUGCUUCUAGCAAGCAGGUUUCUCGCGAAGCAAGCCCUGCUGCUCCGGAGCCAGCGGACGAAGUAUACAGGUCACCGCAAUCAACAUCAAAAGAACCAGAAUCAACGGAGAACAGACUCCGACCGGCAGCAGAUGUCAUCAACCGCAUAAUCUGGGAUGUCAAAUUCGACAGCGAGGACUAUAUAAUCGGAUACGAGGACAGAUUCAAUGGUCGCCUAGAAGCUAGCCUUGGAUCCUGGAAGAAGGACCUGACCGAUGAGGAGUUUAUUCCGCAGCAUCGAAUCCUGUAUAUCAAGCGGAAGACAGAUGGAGACAUAGUGUGGGAUAAGAGGAGGAGGACCGACAAGAUCUUCUACAGUGGGAAUUCGGCAUACAGUUGGCUGUCGUUCCUUAGUUAG